AUGAACUAUUGUGGAAACAUUUCCCGAGUCAUGACGGAGACUGAGAGCGCCCCAGCCGCCGCUCCUCCAGCGGAGGCCGCCGCCAAGAAGAAGCCGGCUAAGAAGGCGUCAGCCGGAGGAGGAGCCAAGAAAGGCAUCAAGAAGGCGUCCGGUCCCGCCGUGUCAGAGCUCCUGGUCAAGCCGUGUCCGCUUCUAAGGAGCGCAGCGGGGUGUCCCUGGCCGCCCUCAAGAAGGUCCUGUCCGCCGGAGGAUACGAUGUGGACAAGAACAAGAGCCGCCUGAAGAUCGCCCUCAAGGCGCUGGUGACUAAGGGGAGCCUCGUCCAGGUCAAAGGCCAUGGGGCCUCCGGAUCGUUCAAGAUCAACAACAAGAAGCAGCCCGACGGCGCCAAGGCGAAGCCCAAGAAACCGGCUGCUAAGAAGGCUACAAAGUCCCCUAAGAAGAAGGUGGCCAGCAAAGCCCCCACCAAGAGUCCCAAGAAGGUCGUCAAGUCCCCGAAGAAGAAGGCGGCCAGCAAAUCAUUCACCGCA